UCAUAUCUCGACUCCCAGCAUUGUGCUUAUCCGCUGGCUCACGCCUGUUAUUUUUUUGCAGUUUAAGAAAAAGAAAUAUGCGGUUUGUCAAGCUCUGAAUAGCUAACCGUGUACUGCCAUGAGUGUUUUGCAUCGCGUCAUUCAAAGAGGACUCCUAAACAGUCGGUCGUCAUGUCGUUUCGCGACAGGACAGUGGGAGACGAGCGGUUGCGUGCCUCCGAUGGCUCGCACAUCCUCCAGCUCAUCCAGCACAGUCAGUUUGACCUAUGACGUGUUUGAUGGGAAGGGGGAGAGCACACCAUUGGUGUUUCUCCAUGGUCUUUUUGGCAGCAAGUCGAACUUCCACUCAAUAGCCAAGUCCCUGGUGCAGCGCACAGGCAGGAAGGUGCUGACCGUAGACGCCCGUAACCAUGGUAACAGCACACACAGCCCAGUUCUGACCUAUGAGGCAAUGACCAAUGAUUUGAAACACCUACUCACCCAGCUUCAUAUUGACAAGUGCAUCCUGAUUGGUCACAGUAUGGGAGGGAAAGUAGCCAUGACGACAGCCCUGACGCAGCCCAGUCUAGUAGAGCGGUUGGUGGUGGUGGACAUCAGUCCGGCUCAGACCACCACCCGCACCAACUUCCACCAUUACAUCCAGGCAAUGCAGGAUGUGAAGGUCUCCAGUGACCUUCCUCGCUCCACUGCUAGACGAAUGGCUGAGGACCAGCUGCGCAAACUGGUCAAGGAGCACUCAGUGCGUCAGUUCUUGCUAACUAACCUGGUGGAACACAAUGGCCAGUAUGCCUGGCGAGUCAACUUGGAUGCCAUCUCAGCACACCUUGAGGACAUCAUGAGCUUCCCCAGCUUCAACACGACCUAUGAAGGCCCCACCCUAUUCCUUGGUGGUGCCAGUUCUGCUUAUAUCAGCUCCGAGGAUUACCCAGAGAUCCAACGACUGUUCCCUAAUGCUGACAUCCAGUACAUCCCUGACGCCAGCCAUUGGAUCCAUGCGGAUAAACCUUUAGAUUUCAUCAGCUCCAUCAUAUCCUUCCUACAAUCGUAGCUUCCCCCUUGUCCUCCCUCCCUCUCUCCCAGCGAACUCCCGCACUCACCUAAAUCCGGUAUCAAUCGGAGGGCGCCCUCACAGACACUGAUGGUGGGCAAUCAUGCAGCUUCAAUGAGAGCAAGUGGCGAUAUUAACAGUGCUAAUAUUUUGGUAAUCUUUGGACCAAACUCAAUUUUCAGUGCGGUCCAAUCUAAACUUAUAGUAUCCUUAAAAGUUCUGUGUAGCCUACUUAUACUUUGUAUACUAUCUCUGCCAGACAGGUCGGUACAUCAGUUAGUUUGUACAUUGAUCGAUGUGAAGUUGGCAAGUAGGAAACAUACAAAAUAUGUUUUCAUUUUAUGACAAAGGAAAGGUUUUGGAGAUGUCUUACUAAUCCAAAGAACCUCUUAUUUGCACAGUAUCAUUCCGUAUGUCAAAUAGAUUUAUGCCGUGGAUAUUAAAAAUUGGCUUUUGGCUAAGCACAAUCUGGGGCUGCCACAGUGGAUCAGUUUGUUGGUUUAGAAGAGUAUAUCACUGAUGAGAUAUUUUGGAUUCAAAAACCCCAGUAUAAGAUCAAAAGUAAAAUGAGAUGCAAAGAUUUACUGUCAUGCAAAGUGGAAUGUUCAGCAAAAAAAAUUGUUUCUUUUUGAUAAGGGCAAUUAACUGCAUAUGUCAAGGAAAGCCUCUUACUCUGCAAGAAAAGCUUCCUGCAGGCUGUAUGUGCACAACUGCUUGUUUAGAAAAAAAAAGAAAAGACUAUGGUUGCACAUUUAGCAUUGGGUAUGCAGUUCAUCUCAGGCCUUUUCUGUAUCCUCUCCUCUGCAUAGAUGCAUCAUUAUUAGAUAUUGGUCACUCUUACAACUUCAAUGUCAAGGUCACUGAGAGAGGUGGCGGUAACUUUCUAAGCCAGUAACAAAAAUUAAGCUCAAACUGUGCAAGUAUCAAUGUGAAAAUCCCCAGGUUGCAACUGUUUAUUCAAGUAAUUAUUCUCUAUGACAGUUAUCUUACCUGUCCCCAUCUGGUAAGGAGCCAUGUUCUUGCUGUAUUGCCUGUGUAGUUUGCCAGUCAGUGUUUUCAUGUAAACGGUUCCAUUCUUAUUGUAUAUAUUGAGGGGAUUGACAGUAAAUAUAUUACCUGUGUCACACUUAAUCAACGUAGAUAAUGUAGAAGCAAGGAUAUAUGCUGCAACAGUAAGUUCUUAGUCUACUGCUGUAUUUGAGAUGGAAAUCCAGUUGAACAAUGAAACUGCCAUGUGUACGUUCGAUGAGUGAGCAGGGUGUUGCAUAUGUGGACGUGCCUCUUGUCUAGCGUUCCGUUUUCAGCUCUGUUAAACUUGAUGAAAUGGUUUACAGGGGAUACCUAACAGAAUUGAGAUUGGCAGCUGGGUUGCCAGUUCUGUGUGAGGUGUAUCACAGGGAAUCUUUACCUGCGAGGGUUGAGCAUGUAUUGCAUUUUGUAUAUAAUUUCAUGGCACUAAAUUUUGAAUCCAGUCAGUGUUGUACGCCUAUGCCAGUUCUGGACAAGUAUACCUGGCUGCAGCCUGCAGAACGGGGUUGGCGACCAACGUUGAAUGUUUUAUCUCACCCACCGUUUGAUUUGAUUGGUUUAACUGUCAAAUUUGGGCAGGGUUAAAUGUCGAUUUGGCCGGGGUUAAACAUUGAUUUCAUUGGUUUGGACUUUGGUUUGGGCGGGGUUAUAUAGGGU